GAGAAACGCUCUCCGCGGCUGUCUCGGCCCUUUUCUUGGUGCAGACGGAGUUUACGUACUUCCACUGUUAUUUUCCCCUCUGCUUCUCGCUGUUCAGGCUCGCCCUGGGAACCCCUCACCAUGCCCACCAUCUCCGUCGACAAGGCUGCGCUCUUCAAGGAGCUUGGGCGCGAUUAUACCACGGAGGAAUUUGACGAAUUGUGUUUCGAAUUCGGCAUUGAGCUCGAUGAAGACACGUCAAAUUCGGAACGGCCUGUUGUUAAUGGAAAGCAAGAGCCACCUCAGCUCAAGAUCGAAAUUCCAGCAAACCGAUAUGAUCUUUUAUGUUUCGAGGGUCUCGCCCUUAUGCUCAACGUGUUCCUCGGCCGGAAGCCGUUCCCCAACUACAGACUGGUUAAGCCGCCCAGCGGGGAGGUCCAGACUAUUAUCGUCAAGAAGGAUACCGCGAGAAUCAGGCCGUACGUGUCGGGUGCGAUCUUGCGAAAUGUCAAAUUCGACCAAGCUCGUUACGAAUCCUUCAUCGCUCUACAAGACAAACUCCACCAGAAUUUGGCAAGACAGAGGACACUCGUGUCGAUCGGGACUCAUGAUUUGGAUACUAUCCAGGGACCGUUCACCUAUGAAGCUCUACCUCCGAAAGAGAUCAACUUCGUACCGCUGAACCAAACCAAAAAGAUGAACGGGGAGGAGCUGAUGGAAUUUUACGAGAAAGACAAGCACCUCGGCAAAUACCUCCACAUCAUUCGGGACUCUCCUGUUUACCCUGUCAUUUAUGACGCGAACAGAGUCGUCUGUUCAUUGCCACCUAUAAUCAAUGGAGAUCACUCAAAAAUCACUCUAGACACUAAAAAUGUUUUCAUCGAGAUCACUGCGCUUGACAGGACAAAGCUUGAGGUUGUCAACAAGAUCAUGGUCACCAUGUUCUCCCUAUAUGCUGCUGAACCUUUCACAGUUGAACCCGUUAAGAUCGUCUCCGAACACAAUAACGAGACUAGAGUAGUCCCCGAUAUCAGCCCCCGCAAAACACAGGCAGAGGUCUCCUAUCUUAACCAGUGUUGCGGUCUGGAUCUUAGCCCCGAACAGAUCUGUGACCUCCUGAAGAAGAUGGCCUAUAGCGCAAAACCUUCGGAGACUUCCCCAGAUCUGAUCGACGUGGAUGUUCCGGCAACGCGUGCCGACGUUCUUCACCAAGCAGAUAUAAUGGAGGAUGUCGCCGUUGCAUAUGGCUUUAAUUCACUUCCUCGAACCUUUCCAGGAAAGUCCGGUACCAUUGCUCAACCUCUACCUAUCAACAAGCUCUCUGACAUUGUCAGAAUGGAAGCUGCCAUGGCCGGUUGGAGUGAGGUUCUGCCGCUUAUCUUGUGUUCACAUGAUGAAAACUUUGCUUGGCUAAACCGUAAAGACGAUGGCAACACUGCGGUCAAGCUUGCCAACCCCAAGUCUUUGGAGUUCCAAGUUGUUCGCACAAGCCUUCUACCUGGUCUCCUGAAGACAAUCAGAGAAAACAAGCAUCAUGCCGUUCCUAUUAAGAUCUUCGAAGUCAGCGACGUAGCAUUCAAGGACCUAACAUUGGAGCGAAAGAGCCGCAAUGAAAGACACUUUGCGGUGGCCUGGUACGGCAAAACCAGCGGUUUUGAGAUUGUCCACGGCCUCCUAGAUCGUGUGAUGGCCAUGCUUAAGAGCGCCUUCAUCACGGGCGAAGAAACUCUAACAAAUCCGGCUGUUGCUGACUCUCACUAUUGGAUUGAGGAGCUUGAUGACCCAACCUACUUCGCGGGCCACGGGGCUUCUGUUCACCUGCGCCUUGCCGGGAAGGACCACGUCAUUGGUUCUUUCGGUAUCCUCCAUCCUACAGUGCUGGAAAAUUAUGACUUGAAAUACCCCGUCAGCGCCCUGGAGAUCAAUAUUGAACCAUUCCUGUGA